CCGGAGGAGGUAUGGGCGGGCCGGCGACGCGAAAGUGGAAAGGCGGAAGUGGAGGCCGAGACUUGGGCCCGGAGUUUUGUUUAAUCUGAAGCAGUGAAGAGAAGUGGAAUAAGAGUUGGGAGAAGGGCGACGCCGUUGCCGCCGACACCGCCGCCCUUGUUUGCUCCGUUGCCACCGUUUCGAACUUGCUGAUAGCGGCCUCUGAAGUCUCAGCCUUGACGCAUCACUUCUGCUGUUGAAACUUGGAACGUUUCUUCAAGCCUCUGCACUUUAGGCCAUGACGGGUCGGGGUAACGCGGCUCGAUCCAAUGGACCAGCCGCUGGGAACAAAAUCUGUCAGUUUAAAUUGGUGCUCCUGGGCGAGUCAGCAGUGGGUAAAUCCAGUCUCGUUUUGCGCUUUGUGAAAGGACAGUUCCAUGAAUACCAAGAAAGCACAAUUGGAGCUGCCUUUCUAACGCAGACAGUCUGUUUGGAUGACACAACUGUUAAAUUUGAGAUUUGGGAUACUGCCGGACAAGAGAGGUAUCACAGCUUGGCACCAAUGUACUACAGGGGCGCGCAAGCUGCCAUUGUGGUCUAUGAUAUAACCAACACAGACACAUUUGCACGGGCGAAGAACUGGGUAAAGGAACUGCAGCGACAAGCCAGUCCGAAUAUAGUGAUUGCAUUAGCUGGGAACAAGGCUGACCUUGCAAAUAAGCGAGCAGUGGAAUUUCAGGAAGCACAAGCAUAUGCAGAAGACAACAGCUUGCUGUUCAUGGAGACAUCAGCAAAGACUGCAAUGAAUGUGAAUGAAAUAUUUAUGGCCAUAGCCAAGAAGCUGCCGAAAAACGAGCCUCAGAAUGCAGGUGGAACCUCGGGCCGAACCAGAGGUGUGGACCUCCAGGAGACCAGUCCGCAAAAUCGGAGCCAGUGCUGCAGUAAUUAAGCUGGUAAUUGCAGGUGUCCUCACAAAACCCGACCGGAAUCCCCUUUUACCACUCGCACUUACCGCAAGAGCGGCUGCAGAUCGCUGCAUUGAUUCUUCACACCACUCCAAUCAUCCAGGAGGAAGUUCACCAACACUUUUUCCAUAUGAAAUUUUAAGUCUUAAUCACUUAAUAUCAACCUUUAGCUCUUCCCUUCUAAUUCCAGCGGCGGAUGCAUGCACCAGUUACUUUGAGCCAACUUUACCUGGCAAUUCCUUCAUUUUCAGACUCUACAAUCUUGUAUAUUAUUCUGGAGAGCGAAGAUUAAAAAAAAAAAAUAGAUUAGGUGUCUUUGUGAAAAUCUGCCUAAAGAACUACUUAGUAUGCAACCCCUCCAAUAAACAUUAACAAAUUAAUUUAACAAGGGGAAUCAGCGGUUAAAUGCUCGUGGUUUUGACCAAAUCACAAUUAUGAAUUUUGAAAAAGAUCUCUGUAUUUGUAAUGUAAGUUUUCUUUGUAUUCAAUCAGUAAACCAUUGUCCAUACAGCACCUUCCAAUAUAGCUGUUUUGUUCUUCCUCUUUGUGUUCGGAUAGCAUGGAGUUUUCUUUUUGGUUUCAUGUGUUAUGCACAAUUCUGUUCAAAUCUUGCAAUAAUUGUAAAUUUCAAUGUCCAUGGAGGUGAUGUGAUGUCCCUAAUGUUAGCAAUUGCAAUCUUACACAAUGCUCGGAUUUGUGGUGUUCAGUCGUGCUAACACUGUUGGCAGUGAAAGAACAAGUUUGUCUGUGUGAGAGAUACCAGUCUGUAAUAAAACAAAUCUGUAAUUUGACAAAUAAAAAUAGAGGGAGGUAUAAAUUAACUCCAGCUUGUAUUUGUUCUAUAAAGACAUCUAACUUAAUUAUCAACUCCAUUGCAAUUGCAUUACUUAAAGUAUUACAAGUGAUGUCAGGUAAACGACAAUGUCAUUUGUGUAUUGAAGUAUUAACUUUACAACCUUUGCAAAUGAAUAAGGGUGAAAGUCAAGAGUAUAUGCUUCAAGAACAAUAUUGCACACUGGAAUGUUUUUGACAUCUUCAGAUGUUGCUGCCAGCUCUUUUGAAAUGGGCUAAUGUGACAGAUUUGGAAUGUUAUAAAUUUGAAAAAGACUUUUUAAACUGGUAGUGAUAAUGAAACCCAAUGUCCUCCGACUGAAUAUAUUUUGUUUUCACCAGCUUCCGUAAUUAGUCUAGUUUGGGAUGUUUUGUGCUGAGUACAAGAGGGUUGGUGCUUGUCCUGUUGCUGGUAAAGUUUGCAUUAAUCGCACCACUAUCUCCAAUCUGUAGAUUUCAAAUGAUUGUAUCCGAUUGGUAUCAAAUGUGGCUUUGUAUAUGCCACUAUGCAACAUCUCUUAACAUUCUGGAAGUAAGGCACACUUUGGUAGCCAAGCACUAGUAGUUUAGUACCCCAAAGAUGAGUGCCAAUGACUUCUAAUAAACUAUCAACUUUAAAAACAAAAAAAA